AUGUUGCGUCACAUUGAAGUCGACGUUUUCCAGUGCAUGUUCGGAUUGCGGCAGCUUUCCAGCUCGAGUAACGAUUAUGACGGAUGCAAUGGAUACUACCCAUAUUCAAAAGUGUUUCAAGGGCAAGACGGUUUUCCUAACAGGCGCUACCGGAUUUUUGGGGAAAGUUGUCAUUGAAAAACUGUUGCGCACCACUGAAGUGAGACGUGUCUAUAUAUUGAUCAGGCCGAAGCGAGGAGUUAAGAUUCAGGAGCGAAUCACCAUGUGGUCAAGGGAAUCGCCCUUUGAACGGUUGAUCAACGAGAGGCCGGAGGCACUUCAGCGAGUUUCUCCCAUAGCUGGGGAUUGCUUGGCUCCAGAUCUUGGGCUAAGUGAUCAAGAUCGAAAGCUUCUGGCCUCCGAGGUGCAGUUCGUCAUCCAUGGAGCUGCCACGGUGAGGUUUGACGAGCCGCUACACAUUGCCCUUACCAUCAACACCCGUGCCACAAAAUUGAUGCUUCAAUUGGCCAAGGAAAUGAAACUACUGGAGUCCUUCGUCCACAUCUCUACAGCCUUCUCCAAUUGCGUCAUUCAGAACAUUAAAGAGAAGUUCUAUCCCGAGCACCUUGACUACAGCUCUGAGCAGAUUCUCCAAAUAAGUAAUCUGGUAAGUGACAAACUGCUGAACAACAUGGAGCCUGCCCUACUCGGAUCCUUCCCCAAUACUUACACUUACUCCAAGGCCCUGGCUGAGGACGUAAUUCUCCGGGAAGCGGGUACCUUGCCCCUCUGUAUUUUUCGACCUGCCAUCAUCAUCGCGGCCCACAAGGAGCCCCAAAUCGGUUGGAUUGACAACUUGUACGGACCAAUGGCGAUCCUGUUUGGAGUGGCAAAAGGAGUGCUGCGUAUCGCCACAAUCGAUGUGAAGACCGAUGUGAGCUUAGUGCCCGUGGACUACUGUGCCAACCUGGCUUUGGCCUGCGCCUGGCAAACCACCAAAGAUGAACGUAAGGAGAAGGAGGCACCUACCAUAUACCAGUUGGCGCCCAGCGAGGGGAACAAAAUCACGAACGGCGAGUUCAUUAACCACGCCCUCGACGGGCGCAUGAGGUUUCCACUAACCAAGAUGAUUUGGUACCCCUUCCUUCACUGCAUUACCACCAUGUGGCUCUACCCCCUGGCCGCCUUCUUUUACCACACCCUUCCCGCCUACUUCUUCGACCUGGCUUUGUGGCUUCAGGGUCGUAAGCCACGACUGGUGAAGAUCUACCAGAAGGUUCACAGAACUCUAAUGAUUCUGGGGCCCUUCUCUUGCAGGAGUUGGGAGUUUGAAACGAACAACACAGAUCGUCUGAGGAAUCAAUUGUCGGCGGAGGAUCGCAAGUUGUACUACUUCGACAUGGCCAGCUUGGACUGGACGGAGUACUUUCAGAGCGCCCUCGGAGGCAUGCGAGUAUUUCUGGGCAAAGAGCCGCUGACCCCCGAGUCCGUAGCCAAAGGCUUGAAACUGAUCAAGCGGCUUAAGCUGCUCCAUCAUAUCCUACAGUUCGGCCUGUGCUCUGUGGCCGCCAUUGCUCUUUGGUUUCUGCUGAAACUCGUAGUGUAAUUUAUAAACAGAUAUAUGUAUUAAUCCCUACACAAACUGAACGCAAAUGCAUGUAAAUAAAUAUAUAGAGAGAAAACACAUUUUUAAUGGAA